GACAUCGUGAAUUUCGUGUUUCCAAAAGAUUUUUUGUUUCUUCAUUUUUCAUUAACACAUUUUGAUUGAAUUGAUAUUCGACAACUAAAAAUAAAAAUGUAUAAUUCAACAAGACCUAUAAAUACGAUGACAAUAUCGGAUCAAGGUUAUAUGUCAUUACCGUUUCAGAUUCGUUUCGAAAAUGCAUUAAAAGAAUCAAACAUUUUGGUCAAAUGUAAAUUAUUAACAGAUUUAAUUUAUGAAUCAACAUCGACCAAUAUUAAAGAAAUGCAACAUCGUUAUGUAUUAUUAAUUGAAGAUAUUUUUGGUUGUAAUCAAUACGGAACGAAUAAUUGGCGUUUACGAUCACUGACCAAAGAAUCAACACCAAAAGAAUUUGAUUCAAUUUUCUUUUUACUUUGUAUUGAUGGACCCGUAUUUAAAUUAAUACGUCAUCUAAUGAGUAAUGAUCAAACAAUGCAUAAUCGUCAUGAAUUUUCAAUCGGUUAUUUACCAUUAUCAUUACGAAAUCAAUUUGAUAAUCCACAAUCGCAACAACAACAACAUCAUUUAUUUAUGGAUAAAAUGUCAACACCAUCAACACUUUCAUUGAAUUCAUUUGAAUUUUUUCUAUUUCAUUUUGCUUGUUAUAUAACUCGUGAAACUGUUCAAUCACCACCAUCAUCAUUUAACCAAUCAUUAUUAUCGUCGUCGGGAUCGAACGAAGAUACAAUCAAUGUUUUGUAUUAUAUUUUAUUGGAAAAUUAUCUGGAAUUUUUUGUUCCAAUUAUUGAUCAUUCGAAUGUUAUGAAAUCGGCUACUAUUUCGACAUCGCCAACAUCGAACAAUAAUAAUAUGAUGAUGAUGACAAAUUCCAAUCUAUUCGAUAUGAAAUCAUCAAGUUUAUGGAAAUCAUUAUCAUCAACAACAACAAAUUUAUUGAAUUUAUCAUCAAUAAAUGGAUUACAUCGACAUGAUGGACAACAACAACAACAACCAUUAUCUGGACGAUCGAUGAAUCAAAAUGUUGGUGGCGGUGGUGAACAACGAAAUGAUUUUUAUUUUGGAUCAAAUAAAAAUCAACAACAACGACAGCAACAAGGUUCAUCGAUUUUAAAUCCAGCUAUAUUCAAUCAAUUUCAACAACAACAGCAAAAUGUCAUGUUAAACAAUAAUAAUCAAGGAAUGAUGAUGAUGAUGAUAAAUGAUCAAAAUGAUCCAAUUGGUAAUGUUUCAUAUAAAUGUGAUAUAGUGAUACGAAUAUUUUCGGAAAUAUGGUUAUCAAAUUCAUUUACAAUUUCACGUGGUGGUGGUGGUGGUAAUGCAUUUUCAAUUGAUCAACGAUCAUCACCAUCAUCAUCAUUACGAAUGAUACCGGCUGGCCAUUUUAAUAUUACUAUUGAACAUAUGCGUGUUGUUCGUAUUUUCAUCAAACAUCUACAUUAUUUUAGUAAUAGUAGUAUUAUGAAGAAUAAAUAUAAUGAUUAUUCGAUAAUAAGUUCAGGUGAUCAAAUUAAUAGCGGUGGUUUUAUAUCCGGAUCAUUAAAUGCAUCAUUAGAUGAUUUAAAACGUUCACUUUGGACAAGUAAAUAUAUGAUACAGAAAAAUUUAUAUUCAUUUUUGCGUAUUGUAUUUGAUCGUUGGCCAAAUGAUUCAUCAUUUCGUAUCCCAUUGGAAACAUGGCUUAGUUAUAUUCAACCAUGGCGUUAUAUUCCGGGUCAUAAUUCCAAUGAAACAUUAAACAAUUUGGAUCGUUAUGAUUGGCGUCGUUUUAUUGAUGAAAAUAUUGUCUUCUAUACGGUACUAUUUCGUCAGGUUAUUACACGUAUAACAAAACAAUUGGAUCUUUGUUCAGCAAAUAAUUCCUUACUUUUAUAUCGUGUACUAAAAGUUUUUGGUCAAGAUAAUCUAAAAGAAAUGAUGAAAAAAUCUGAAAUGAAAUUUUUUAAUAAUAAUGGUGAUUUAUCGACAAACUUAACAACUACACCAACAACAGGUGGAUAUGUUCGACAAGCAUCGCCGUUGUUUUCUCAUCAUCAUCAUCAUCAUCAACAAUCACAAUCAUCACCAUAUCAUCAUCAUCGAAUACAUAAUGAUAAAAAUAUUACAUUAAUGGAUAGUGAAAUUGUACAAUCAGAUUAUAUAUCAAUAUUUUCAUCAGGAUUUCGUGAUCAAAUUAUUGAAUUAUUACUUAAAAUUGCUAAAUCAUUACAUACCGUAACGGAAUUGCAAACAAAAUCAUCAUCAUUAUCAUCAUCCACAACAAAUAAAAAUCGUAACAAAUCGGAAAGCGGUAUAUUCGAAUCGAUUGUCAAUUUUUUCACUAUCGAUUAUGCUGUCCAUCAUCAAUCGAAUAAACCAAAUUCGAAUGUUAAUUAUGAAAAAAUUCGUAAUCAUUUGAAUGCAUCGAUUGAAUUUAUAUCUUCGAUUUUCGAUAUACCACAACAAAGUAUUGAAACAAUAUUGGCAAAUGCACGAAAAUCUAUUAUCAAUGAUCAGGAUGAUGAUAAUAAUGUUGAUGAAAUGAUAAUCAAUAAUCAUGACCAUUCACAUCAUCAUCAUCGAAAAGAAGAUAUCUAUGAAAUGAUUGAUGGUGUACCAAAAUUAACUGAAUAUGGACUUUCACAAAUUAUGAACGGUUCGUUAAAAUUGGAAAAAUUACCUAAAAUCGUUGAAGGUAAUCCAGAUGAACAACCCGUACGAUCAUUUGAAAUUGGUUUAUUAGUUCGAUUGACAUUAUUUUUAUCAACAUUGAUUAAUCGAAAAUUUGGCCAAAUUUUUCAAACAUAUUAUGAUCAACCAAAUUUAUAUGGAGCAUUUUGUCGAACAAUUUUAUCUCCACCCGUUUCUUAUGCAUAUUAUGAACGAAGUUUAUCAACAACAACAGAUCAUAAUCUGGGUCAUCGAAAACCAGCAAUUAAAAUCAAUCAAUUACCACCACGUAUAAAUUUACGAUUUAUGUCAUCAUAUGGAUUUAUUUUACAAUCAUUUCUUUUUCUGUGUUUUCUAUGGUUAUCACGAUGUUUAAAUUGUGUUGGUAUUUAUAUGAUGAUCAUUUUUAUAACAAUUUUUAUCAAUUUAUUAUGUAAAGUUUUGUGAAAAACAUCAUCACAU